UAAGGGUUUUUAUUUUAAAUCAGGAGAUCAUCUUUUCCAUACACGCCAUGAUAAGGCCACCCGAUAAUGACGUCAUCGACAACGACGGCAACAACGAAGACAACGACGAGGAGGACUAUAUUGAAGACAACGAGGACGAUAACGAUGACGAGGAACAGAUCGAUGACGACAAUAACAUCGAAGACAAUGAUCAGGAAGAAAAUAUCGAGGAUAAUGAGAAUAUUGAAGACGACGAAGAGGACGUUACCGAAGACAGCGACGGCGAUGCCGACGUUGAAGACAACGACGCCGAAAUGGAAGAGCAUCAUGAAUACCACGCAGACAACAACAAUAUGAACGACAUGCACAUGAAUGACGAGAAUGCCGUGCUCCUCUUCAGAAUCCGCGUAAGGCCGCUGCAACACGGCGACGUAUUUGACGACAUUUUCCUCGAAUUGCGUUUGGUGAACAACGACGACUUUGACGAGAUCGAAAACAACGAAGACCAAAACGGCGAAGUCAACGAGGAGAACAUCGAGGACGACCAGAAUGCUGAUGAAGACGACGGUUUUGAAAAUGUCGUUAAUGCCGUCAAUAAUACAGACGAUGAAGACAACAAUUGUAAUAACAAUGAAGAUCCUGAAGAGAAUGACUGUAAUAACGAUGAAGGUUUUGAAGACUUUGACAAUGAAAUCGAAAAUUUUGAAGGUCGUAGUGUCAUUGGCAAUGUUGUCAAUGAAAAGAGUAAACAUUUCCACCCUGGAGUCUACCAAGACUUGGACAAUCCUUUGCCAGGACCGUCAAGGGAGAGGUCUAUAGAGGAUGAAGAUGAUGAAACGAGCAGGGGCAAACAAUUCCAGUGGUGGGAUGAUUGCAAUUCGGACAGUUUUUCUGAUAACAUUCAUGAAGACGAUGACUACCACCGCUGUUGUACAGCCAAGCAAAGGUCAAGCGACGACGUAGAUUCACAAGACGACAGAAGGGGGAAGAAAACGCGGAAAAAAAACUUCAUAUCAAAAUCGGAAGACGAGGACUUUGCCUUUUGUUCGAGUGAUCAUGAUGCAGACGAGGACCUCCCGGCUGAAUCAUCGAGGAAGAGGCCGCGAGGAGAAGGAGGACAUCCGUCCGAAACAGGAAGACGCGAGAAGCGUUUUCGACACGGCAACACCUCCGGUAGCGACUUGGAUGAAGCCCAACCAGAUGUUCGGCCUGGAUCGUCCUCAAACAGGUUGAGAGACAAUCAAGAUGAAGAAACUAAGGACAGCGAGAAAUAA